CGAACCUUUCACUGCAUAGCGAAUUGAACUCACGUGGUCAGGUACUUCUUCCACCAAACGGGCUUGGACGAUACCGCGGUGCGGGCAUAGUACUGGAGUGCGAAAGGGUCAGCGUUCUGCAAAUACGGGUUUGCUGUGCACGGCAAUGUCAUUCGUAUGUCGGUGUUGCGGGCGCCAAAGGUAAGAUAUGGAAUGGAAGGGGUUCGAGCAUGGUUCGCAGUUUGACGAUGUAUGUGCUGAUGGCAAACCACACCAGGCCCCGGAUGCGGAUUGCGACAUAGGAGAGCAUACGUUCCGCUACGCCUUGUACCCGCACAAAGGAAGCUUUGCUGAGAGCAAUGUGGUUCAGGCUGGCUAUGAGUUCAACGUGCCGUUGGUUAUCUCUCCGACGCCAGUAGACUCGGCAUCGUUCACCCCACGUCAGUUCUUUUCCAUUAACAAACCGAACAUUGUGCUGGACACCAUCAAAAUCGCCGAAGGACCGCUGUCGGAUACUGCAAAGCCCGCUUUGAAAACCCUCGUUCUGCGGUUCUAUGAGGCAUAUGGGGGACGUGGGGUCUUCAAAUUGACUACAUCGUUGCCCGUGGCCUCCGCAGUCUUCUGCAACGUGCUUGAAGACUCUGGAUCAUCCAUCCCCACCGCCGACCUCGCGAUCCCUCUUCUGAGGUCGGAGAAGACAACUACCUUUGCGAUCGGAUAUGCACCGUUCAAGAUCAUCAGCAUUAAGAUUGAACUGGAAUAGUAGACGAUGUUUACUGUGGAGCGUUGUGAUUAUGGCAAUCAAUGGACCGGAUGCGCUCGGAAUUGUAGAGAAGUCUUAAGAAGCCGAUGAGAUCCAGGGAUAAUCAUACGCCGAUAUUCAUACGCCAUGCGCUAAAUUAGUUCCUCAUCUGUCGACUUGCUGAGCAACAGCAUCCAUACGAAAGCCGUCGUAUUCAGUAGCUUCAGAUGGCCGAUUG